AUGAGAAGGGAAAACUCCACAUUUCUGACAGAAUUUGUCCUUACUGGACUUACACAACAUCAAGAGCUUCAGUUCCCCUUGUUUCUAGUUUUCUUGGUCAUCUACCUGCUUACCAUUGUGUGGAACUUUGGUCUGAUUGCUCUCAUCUGGAAGGACCCUCACCUUCAUAUUCCCAUGUACAUUUUCCUGGGGAAUUUAGCCUUUGUGGAUGCUUGCUUAUCAUCCACGGUGACACCGAAGAUGCUGGUAGACCUCAGAGAUGAGAGCAGGACGAUUUCUUAUUCCCAAUGUAUGACACAGUUUUUCUCCUUUGCCAUCUGGGUAACUGUAGAAUGUUUUCUCCUGUCAGCAAUGGCUUAUGAUCGCUAUGUAGCCAUAUGCAGCCCCUUACUUUAUCCAGUGAUUGUGACUAAUACACGGUGCAUCUGGCUAAUAGUUUUGUCCUAUGUAGGUGGACUUGUUCAUGCUUUAAUUCAUGGAGUUUUAUUAUUCAGAUUAACCUUCUGUAAUUCCAAUAUAAUACAACACUUUUAUUGUGACAUUAUGCCAUUUUUUAAGAUUUCCUGUACUGACACUUCUAUAAAUUAUCUAAUGGUAUUUAUUUUUGCUGGCUUAAUUCAGCUAGUUACGAUUGGAACUGUCAUUAUUUCCUAUACACUUGUGCUCUUCACCAUUUUACGAGCGAAGUCGAUGAAAAGCGUGCGGAAAGCGUUCUCCACGUGUGGAGCCCAUCUCCUGUCGGUGUCCUUGUACUAUGGAACCCUUUUCAUCAUGUAUGUGCUCCCCACAUCUCAGCAAGCAGAUGACCCCGACAUAAUGGACUCUCUGUUUUACACGGUCAUAAUCCCUGUGCUAAAUCCAGUGAUCUACAGUCUGAGAAACAAGCAAGUCAUAGAUUCCCUGAGAAAAAUAUUUAAGAAACGUUCUUAG